AUGCCUUAUGGCCACUUCUUCGCCCGCCUCCUUGUCCUGUGUUUCUUUCUAUUGAACCUACAGGGCAUAGUGGCAGCUCCCAUUGAUGCUCCGAUCCUCGAAGGGCGUACGUUCUCCCCUUCCAGAGCAGGUAAAGGCGGAGGGGCAGGUAAAGCACCUCCUGUCACAGUGGGAAGAACCACUAGACCGGUUACGGUUCCUCCUGUAACCUCAAAAGCCGUACAUACCACGAUCGCGAGAACAUCUGCACGUCCGCUUUCAUCCGUGAGGAGUAUCGCUGCUAGUAGUGGGUCUGUAGUCCGGAGCUCACCCACUCCAGUGACUACCAGCCUUUCCAGUUUCCUCAGUUCUUCAGCUCCGGUGUCCUCUCCACCCGCCACACUGUCGUCCACCUCUCUUGUCACGUCCAGGUCUAUUCUCGCGUCGAGCUCCGUUCUUGGCUCAAGUUCUGUUCUCGCAGCAAGCUCAAUUCCUGCUGCCAAUGGGACAUCGACCCUUCUCGCCGGAUCCGCCACUCUCACCUCGUCUACCCGCGGUGCGCCCACAUCGGUUUCUUCGGCAAAUGCCACAUCAUUCGUGACUCUGAGCAGCACGUCAACCGUCACGUCGUCCUCGGCUUUGAACGGCACCGAGACGGCGACGUUGUCUCUGUUGAAUAGCACGUCAACCGCCACACCAUCCUUGCCUUUGGAUGGGACAUUGACUGCGUCGUCAGUCCCUACGAAUACUGGUGGUGCAUGCGCCUUUAGGCCCAGAAGUUCGGGUUCCAAUUCCUUAGAAACGCCUCGUGAAUAUAUUCCGGCAAACUCUACCCACACUCUUGUUACCAGAGCGAAUCCACUGUUCCUCGGAUGGCAUGGUACGCAAAACCAAAACGCACAGCUGUUCGAGAGUGUCGGGAUCAUGCCUCCGCAAUUUGGGUCUGGCGCGAAUGGGGAGCUGGGACAAGGCUUAUAUGUCACUGAUGAUCUCGUUACUGCUAAGGCCUUCGCCCAGAAUGCAAAGGAAAACGUGAACCGCCAGCAGGGCAAGGGAAAGCCGAAUAAGGACCCGACGGCGAACUUGGCUUUUGUUUGUAAAAUAUUUGCCAGGGAUGCCAAUGAGUGGAUCAACUCAAUUCCAAAGCAAUGGUUCCCAAAAACGGCGCCCAAUGGGCAGCGACUUAUUGGUGACGACGUGAACAACCAGGCUAAUCGCGACCAGUUUGAAACUGCGCGGCGGAACUUCGCGCGAGGGAACGGAUUACCUGGUGCUGCCACCGGUGCCUUCGUCCGCUUUGCCCCUCUCGACGUUGACAGCAACAGUGCGGCGGGCCAAUUCGCGAUUCCGACCUCCUUGCAAGCCCUCUUGACCGCCAAAUGCUUCCCUGUCGAUGACGCUCACGAGCUAACUGGCUUCCAGGAAAGUCCGGAGUUGAGCGCUGGAGGGCCGAUCAAUUAUCGACAAUUGAUCGGUCCUUGGAACAUUGUACCGUCGGCAGGUUGCUCGUAG